UUUGCCUGGACAGAGCUGGGCUGGAUGGAGUCCGUACCCUAUCUUGAUAGGCCUCCAUCCCCGCUGGAGUUUUAUCGAGAAUGGGUGAGUCCGAAUAAACCUUGUAUAAUUCAGAAUGCCAUCAGCCACUGGCCGGCUCUGAAGAAAUGGACCUCAGCGUACCUCAGGGAGGUAGUAGGUCCCAAGGUAGUGAGUGUGGCAGUAACACCAAAUGGUUAUGCAGAUGCGGUGUUUCAGGACCGUUUUGUCAUGCCAGAGGAACGCCAAAUGCCUUUCAUGGACUUUUUGGACAUUGUGGAGAAGAAAGUGACCUCUCCCAACGUAUUCUAUGUGCAGAAGCAGUGUUCAAACCUCACCGAGGAGUUCCCUGAACUUGUCUGUGAUGUGCAGCCUGACAUACCAUGGAUGACUGAGGCACUUGGGAAGAAGCCUGAUGCUGUGAAUUUCUGGCUUGGGGAAUCAGCUGCUGUGACAUCUUUACAUAAAGAUCAUUAUGAGAACUUGUACUGUGUGAUAUCUGGAGAGAAACAUUUUCUACUGCAUCCACCGAGUGACCGUCCCUUCAUCCCAUAUGAGCUCUAUCAGCCAGCAACCUACCAGGUGUCAGAAGAUGGGUCAUUUCAAAUUGUGGAUGAGAAGAGUGCAGAUAAGAUGCAGUUUUGCCCCAUCCACAUGCUUUCUGUAAGAAUCAUACAAGCCAAGAACAUCAAGUCGAGAGACCUGUUGACUGCAUCAGACUGCUAUGUGCGCUUGUGGCUGCCAUCUGCUUUGAAUGGAAAGCUUCAGACCAAAACCAUCAAGAAUUCUGACAACCCUGUCUGGAAUGAGACUUUCUACUUUAGGAUCCAGAGAGAAGUUGAGAACAUUUUAGAAUUGGCAGUGUGUGAUGAAGACCCACUCACCAAAGAUGACAUGCAGUUCACAGUUCUUUUUAAUGUUGCUAGAAUCAGACCCGGAGAGACACUCCGUGAGACAUUUGCUUUGAAAUCAGAGAAAGAGACGUGCGUUAAGAAAUGGGAAAGUUUGGAAGUGGAAUUCUGGAUGGAAAGAAUUCCUGGCCCUCCAGAGCACCUCAUUACCAAUGAUGUCCUAGUGUCCCGUGAGGUUUGCUGCUUGGAAGUGCAAGUGGACAUUAAUGAAAGCAGGAAAUAUUUGAAAGAGGGUAAAAAUCUCGUGCUUAUGGUGCCUGCAUCUCAUGAGAGAACACACAAAACUACGGAGGACACAGAUACUUUCUACUUCCAUUGUGUGAAGGCUUGGGAACCAGUUCUAAAAGUCAGGCUGCAGAAAGUUUCUGAUAAGGAAGAUGACAGUAGCAAUUUAAGUGACACCUUAACAGUACCGCUGAAAUUUCUGCCUGUUGGACAUAAAGUGAAAGUAACCCUGCCUGUAAGACAUAAUGUGCCACUGCAGUUGUACCUCCAGCUAAAUGAUUGCACAGAAAAACUAGACGUGCGUUUAGGAUAUGAUCUGUGCCGAGAAGAGCAAGAAUUCUUGCAAAAAAGGAGGAGAGUGGUUGCCAGUGCCCUGAAAAGGGUUCUUCAUCUGGAAAGAGAUCUGCAUGGACACGAGGUCCCAGUAAUAGCUGUUAUGGCAACAGGCGGAGGCCUCAGAGCAAUGUCAGCUAUGUUUGGCCACCUCUUAGCUCUUCAGAAGCUAAAUCUGUUGGACUGUGUAACCUAUGUCACCGGGGCUUCUGGCUCAACAUGGACACUAGCAGACCUGUAUGAGCAUGCCGACUGGUCACAGAAGACUCUGGAGGGGCCGCUUAAGGCAGUAAAAGAACAAGUGACAAAAUGCAAGCUCAACCUUAUGUCUAUAGAGCAUCUGAAGUAUUAUCACAAGGAACUCGCUGAAAGGGCAAAAGCAGGACAUGUGUCAUCUUUUACAACUCUGUGGUCACUUGUUCAGGAAAUGUUCUUACAUGAACGGCCAAGAAAGUACAAACUCACAGACCAGCGCAAGGCAUUGGAGCAUGGACAAAACCCAUUGCCCUUCUAUGCGGUCCUCAAUGUGAAAGAGGAAAAGUUCAGUACUUUCAAAUUUAGAGAGUGGGCGGAAUUCUCUCCUUACGAGGUGGCCAUACCAAAAUACGGAGCCUCCAUUCGUUCAGAAUAUUUUGACAGUGAGUUCUUCAUGGGAAGGCGAGUGAAGAAGCUGCCAGAAUCUCGGAUCUGCUAUCUGGAAGGUCUUUGGACAAACAUCUUUACUAGGAAUUUGCUGGAUGGCUUGUACUGGUCCUCAAAUUCAAAUGAAUUCUGGGAACGAUGGGCCAAAGAUAUGGUAGAUAUAG